CAACAAAAACAUCGUUAAUUAGUUCAUAUAAUAAUAAAGAUUGUGAUUUUAAAGAAAAUUUACCUGUUGCUGAUAACAUUCAAAAUCAAUUGGAAGAUUCAUCAGAAAAUUCUGACAAUACAACAAUGGCUAUUAUUGGAAAAAUUUGUCUAUCAAUCUAUUAUGAAACGAAACUUAAUUCACUUACGAUUACCAUUUUUCGUGGCCAUUUGAAUAUGGUCAAGAAGAAUAAAAAUGAUCUAUACAUUAAGGCUUACAUUAUUGUUGAUCAUCAACAGGAGAAAGCAUUCAAAAAGAAGACAAAGAUUAAAAAACCAUUGAAAGUUGAUACCAGUGCUGGAUCAUUGUAUGAAGUUGAAUAUAAUGAGAUAUUACGAUUUCAAGGUAAAUGGCGUGAAUUUGCUUCCGGACAAUUGAGUGUAAGUCUAUGGAAUAAUGAUACAUUUGGCCGUAACACAUUGCUUGGACAAACAUUGAUUCGUUUGAAUGAAUCAGUAAUGCUUAAUUCCAUUCAGACACGAAUCUGGCAUGAUCUUCAUCAACCAACCAAAAUCAAAUGCCAAUCAGUACAUGUUAAAGGCAGUUUGUUUGUUGCAAUCAAACAUGAAGAUGUAGCCAUUUCAUCCUCCGUUGAUGGAACCGGCGUCGGUUCAUUGCAUGUUUUGAUCAAAGAAGCUGAUGAUUUGAAUCUUACACAAUACAACAUCAAUGGCUAUGCCUAUUGCAAAGUAAUGCUGAAACCCGAACGUAACAAAGAUGAUCGCCAUAAAACUCGAACAGUAAAAAUGGGCCAAUGUCCACGUUGGAAUGAAACAAUUGUGUUCAACAAUAUAAACAGAAAUGACAUGAAUGUCAAAGAAUUGGAAAUCGCCAUCAUGUGGUUGGAUAAAUCAUCGAAAACUUAUUUGGGAAGCAUUCGUUUGACUAAUCAUGAAGGUGCAAGUAAUGAAGAACGAAAUCUUUGGCGACAAUCAAUUGAACGGCCAAAUCUUUGGGCAUAUGGAAAAAUUCCAUUACGACAUUGAAGAAUCUACCAUGUUCAACACGAUAAUCAAUUCAAUUUAUUUCUAUGAGAAAUUCUACCUUGAGACUUAUUCACCAUUCUACUGCUACUACCUUUUUCAGAUUUUUUUCUUACAUAACCGAUAAUUUUUU